AUGAAGUCCAGUGCAUUAAAAAAGGGCCUCAAGUCCUCCAACGGAACCAAGAAGGUUGGAGUGUCUAAGACCGCCACUAAGGUCGCUGCUCCCGCCACCUCCGACGAUUUCUCCAAAUUCUCUUCCUCGGAGGACGAGGAACAGGAUGAGGCUGGAUUUGAGAGUAGUGACGACGAAGAGGAGUUUGAGAAUGGAGAUGACGAGGAUGAGACUAUGGAUGAUACCCCUGCUACCGUCAAGAAGACCGCAGUAGCCAAGUCCAAUCGAGCUGCUGCUACCACAAAGGCAUCCAAAAAGUCUGGAACCGGCGUCAUCUAUCUGGGUCGAAUCCCCCAUGGUUUCUACGAGGAGCAGAUGCACUCAUAUUUCAGCCAGUUUGGUGAUAUUUCUCGACUGCGUCUUUCCAGAAACAAGACUACCGGUGCCUCCAAGCAUUACGCCUUCAUCGAGUUCGAGUCCAAGGAGGUGGCCCAGGUAGCUGCCGAGACCAUGAACAACUACCUGCUCUUCGGCCACAUUCUUAAAUGCAAGGUUGUUCCUGACGAUGAGGUUCACGAGGCUCUCUUUGAGGGAGCUAACAAGACUUUCCGAGUCCUGCCAAGAGCUCAGGUUGCUCAGUACAAGAAUGAGAGACCCCGAUCCCGAGCAAAGUGGGACCAGCUCAAGAAAGAGUCUGCAUCUCUGCUCGAUGCCAAGCUGAAGAAGCUUGGUGAGAUGGGUAUCGAUUACAAGUACACCCCCGUCUCUGACGUCCGAGUGCCCAAGAAGGCUGCUGCCGGAGUCGCCGAGGGUGCAAAGAAGAAGAAGCAGAGAACUUCUCUGGCUUAG